AGCAGUGGAGAGAUCCCAAGAGCGUGCGCGGCAGCCCCAUGUUUCAGCCAGGGCUCCCUUCCCCAGCUCCCACCCAUGGAUGUGAUGGCAGCUCCUGGUCUGUCUUGGUGUCUGUCCCUCCCUGUCUUCCUCCUGGCCCUGGCCAUCCCUCGGGGAUCCACAGCGGCGAAUGACACUUCCAAGCUCACAUGCUUCUACAACUCAAAAGCCAACAUCUCCUGUGUCUGGAGCUGGGAUGGGGACCCGCAGACCACGUCCUGCAAGAUCCACGCUCAUCCGGAUAGACGGCCUUGGAACAAAUCCUGUGAGCUGCUCCCGAUGAGCCUGGCAUUCUGGGCCUGUCACCUGGUCCUUGGAUCCCCAGAUGCUCAGAGUCUGACUGCGGCUGACAUCGUCCACAUGAGCGUGAUGUGCCAUGAAGGGGAAAGGUGGAAGACACUGAUGACCCAGGACUUCAAGCCCUUUGAGAACCUUCGCCUGAUGGCCCCCGACUUGCUCCAAGUCACCCAAGUCGAGACCCACAAAUUCAACAUAACCUGGAAAGUCCCUCAGUCUUCCCACUACAUUGAAAGUUACCUGGAGUUUGAGGCCCGGACAAGGUCCCCGGGCCAGAGCUGGGAGGAGGCCUCCGUGCUGAUCCUCAGGCAGAACCAGCAAUGGAUUUCCCUAGAGACACUCACUCCAGGCACCCUGUAUGAAUUUCAAGUGCGGGUCAGGGCCCACCUAGGCAGCCACAAAGCUUGGAGUCCCUGGAGUCAGCCGCUGGCCUUCAGGAUGCCAGCCUCAGAGAAGCAGACUCUGCCCUUUCUUUGGUUUGGCCCCAUCAUCAUGGGCCUCGGCAGUGCCUCUGGCUUUAUCAUCUUGGUCUGCUUGUUGGCCAACUACCAGUACAUCGGACCAUGGCUGAAGAAGGUUCUGAAGUGCCACAUCCCAGACCCCUCGGAGUUCUUUUCCCAGCUGAAGUCAGAGCAUGGAGGAGAUUUCCAGAAGUGGCUCUCCUCGCCCUUCCCGUCGUCAUCCUUCAGCCCCAACGCCCAGGCAGCCGAGAUCUCCCCGCUGGAGGUGUUGGACCGGGACGCCAAGGCCACACAGCUCCUCCUGCUGCAGCAGCAGAAGGGACCCUCACCCUCCACCGAGACCAGCGGCCACUCGCUGACCAGCUGCUUCACCAACCAGGGUUACUUCUUCUUCCACCUCCCUGAUGCUCUGGAGAUCGAGGCCUGCCAGGUGUACUUCACCUAUGACCCCUGCACAGAAGAGCCCGAGGAGGGCAGGCCCGGGGAGCCCGAGGGGCCUCUCCUCCCGCCCCUGCUGCCCCCGCCAGCGGAGGAUGAUGCCUACUGCACCUUCCCCCCAGGGGAUGACCUGCUCCUCUUCUCUCCCGGUCUCCUGGGUGGCGCCAGCCCCCCUAACCCCGCCCCGGGGGGCGCUGGAGCUGGUGAAGAGAAGCUGCCCCCCUCUCUGCAGGAGGGAGCUCCCAGAGACUGGGCCCCCCAGCCCCUGGUGCCUCCCACCCCAGGAGCGCCUGACCUGGGGGAUAGCCAGCCACCCCCAGAGCAUGCCCUGCGGGACGCAAGAGGGGAGGUCCCAGCCGCUGGCCCCGGGGAGGGGGUCAGCUUCCCCUGGGCUAGUCUCCCCGGGCGAGGCCAGGUCAGGGCCCCUACCUUCUGCCUGACCCUGAACACCGAUGCCUACCUGUCCCUCCAAGAGCUGCAGAAUCGGGACCCGGCUUACUCAGUGUAG